AUGAAGACUUCCGUUGGACUCGUUUUCCUUGCCACGCUCAUUUCUCAAUCGUCGGUUGUGCUCGGUGUAGCAGAGUGGGGCCAGCCGUAUCCUCAGUGUGAUGGAAUCGGCUAUACUGGAAGCAAAUCUUGCGACUCCGGCCUGACCUGCGUCUACAUCAAUGACUGGUACAGCCAGUGCCAGAAGGGUUCAGGCAGUCAGCCAACGAGCACGAGCACCCGCCCACCAACGAGCACGAGCACCCGCCCACCAACGUCUACAUCGACAAGCAACGGUGGAACAGCUACCGGUGGACUCGGUGCACGCAUGAAAGCGAAGGGCAAGAAAUACUUCGGCACAGAGAUUGACUACUACAAUCUCAACAAUGCGCAGCUGACGAAUAUCGCCAAGGCUCAGUUCAACCAGCUCACUUGCGAGAACUCGAUGAAGUGGGAUGCUAUCGAGGGCUCCCAGAAUAGCUUCACCUUCAACAACGCCAAUCAGGUCGUCAACUUUGCAAAGAGCUACGGUGCAUUGAUGCGAGGCCAUACGUUCCUGUGGCACGCCCAGCUCCCUACAUGGGUUCAAAACAUCGGAAGCUCUAGCACCUUGACCAGCGUCAUCCAAAACCACGUGUCCAGGACGGGUGGCCAAUGGAAGGGCAGCAUCUAUGCUUGGGAUGUCGUCAAUGAAAUCCUCAACGAGGGCAACUCUGUCUUCUCCAGGGUUCUUGGCGAGAACUUUGUCAGCAUUGCUUUCAAUCAAGCACGUCAGACCGAUCCCAAUGCCAAGUUGUACAUCAAUGACUACAAUCUCGAUAACCCGAACUACGGCAAAGUUACCGGUAUGGUCCGCAAUGUUAAGAAAUGGAAGGCUGCCGGUGUGCCUAUCGAUGGUAUUGGCACCCAAACACAUCUUGGUGCUGGCGGUGCUGGCGGCGUCCAAGGCUCUCUCAACGCUCUCGCUGGUGCCGGUGUCGAGGUCGCUAUCACCGAGCUUGACAUUGGAGGAGCAGGAUCCAACGACUACGUGACCGUUGUCAGGGCUUGUCUCGCUGUGUCUGCUUGCGUUGGAAUUACAGUCUGGGGUGUCAGCGACGCCAUCUCCUGGCGAGCUAACGACAAUCCUCUGCUCUAUGAUAGAAACUAUCAACCCAAGGCUGCCUACAAUGCGGUCCUCCAAGCAUUGUCGUAA